AUGAGCAGCGGGACGACGUCUGAGGAGACCUUCGAGUGGAUCGAGACGCCGCCGGCGCGCACGCCGACCAAGCCUGCGUUCGACUGCGGCGUGCGGACGACUUCUUACCCAGCCAUCCCCAAUGCCCCUCUGCCUGCAGACAGCAACGGCCGCGACCACUUCUCCAACACGGCCCUGAUCUCGGCCCUCGUGGGUGUCCCUGGGUACAUCACCUGGAAGCUCGGCGGCGGCCUCAAAACGUGGAUCUUCUUCGCGCUGAUUGUUGACCUGCCUAUCCUCGCCGCUUUCUGGAUCGUCACGUCUGAGUACGCUCCCCGCAAGAACGAGAAGGCCAAAUUCCCCGGCAAGCCCAUCGAGACGUACCUCGAGUUCCAUAAGAGCGAGGAUCGCGAGGCUUAUCAUGGCAAGAAGAUCCCCAUGGAGACCUUCUACGAGAAGUACUUUGACGGCGAUGUCGACUUCAAGGGCGACUGCCUCGAGGUUAUGGAGCUGCGCCACGACUGGGCCAACUUUCGCUUCACGUUCGGCCUGAUCAAGCACUUCUUGUUUGGCAUGAUUCCCGAGAUGAUCAUGCACACGAGGUCCCAAGAUGAGGAGCAGGUCCGAGACCACUACGACCGCGGUGACGACUUCUACGGCUGGUUCCUUGGCCCGCGCAUGAUCUACACGUCCGGUAUCAUCUCCGACAUCAACCGUGAGGAGACCCUCGAGGAGCUCCAGGACAACAAGAUGGCUAUUGUCUGCGAGAAGAUUGGACUGCAGAAGGGUGAGAAGAUGCUUGACAUCGGCUGCGGGUGGGGUACCCUGACCAGGUUUGCAUCCGUACACUACGGUGCCCACGUUACCGGUGUCACUCUUGGUCGCAACCAGACAAAGUGGGGCAACAACGGUUUGAGGAAGAACGGCAUCGGUGAGGACCAGUCCAACAUUCUCUGCAUGGACUACCGCGACAUUCCGGUCCCAUCUGGCGGCUACAAGAAGAUCACUUGCCUCGAAAUGGCCGAGCACGUUGGUGUACGCCACUUUGCUGGCUUCGCCACUCAGGUCCGUGAAAUGCUCGACGAUGAUGGUGUGUUCUUCCUUCAGAUCGCCGGUCUCCGCAAGGAGUGGCAGUUCGAGGACUUCACCUGGGGUCUCUUCAUGAACAAGUACGUCUUCCCUGGUGCCGAUGCCUCCACGCCUCUCGGCUGGGUCGUGGACAAGCUUGAGGGCGCUGGUUUCGAAGUCAAGCAGAUCGACACCGUCGGCGUUCACUACUCUGCUACUCUCUGGAAAUGGUACCGCAACUGGAUCGGCAACAAGGAGAAGGUCACCGCCAAGUACGGCAAGCGAUGGUUCCGCAUCUGGGAGUUCUUCUUGGCCUACUCCACCAUCGCGUCCCGUCAGGGUACAGCCACCUGCUUCCAGAUUACCCUCGUCAAGAACAUCAACUCCACCCACCGUGUUGAGGGCAUCAACACCCAGUUCGCUCUCUCUGCUGCGCUCGAGGCCAGCAAGGCCAAGGGCAUCAAGGGAUUGUAA